GACCCAGGGAGCAUAUAGUGAAAGACAUUAGGGUUAAGUGCAGGCACAACAAGGUGUUUAGAACAGUCGCAUGCUGCCUCUAUACAGUUGGACCAAAUGGACAGGCGUUUCUGGUCGUAUGGCUUGAUAAUACAUUGAUACAAAGUGGUUUAAACAUCUAACUGAAGACAGUGGCAGCACCAUUAACAUGUGACAUCUCUGAAACUCACAUAUGGGACUGCUAAAUCUCAAACCUAAGCACAGCCCACAGAUGGCUAUUUGGACAAUGUUUGCAUCAGGACAGCUUCAAAUGGGCACCCGGAGGAUUUCACUAAAGCCGGCAGGAGCAGAGCUAUUCAGCAAGGGGAAGAGGUGUUGCUGUCCAUACUUCCCUCUUUUCCUUCUCUUGAUGCUCACAACAACUAUUAUUAAAAUCGCUAUAGAUUCAGAUCUAUUCCAAUCGAGUGAGAGGCUGUUUUACAUCUCUCUGAAAGGGGAAAAUGCCUACAAACAAUUCUACGUGGAAUACCCGCACAAAUACCACUUUAUCAUAAACCAGGAGGAGAAGUGCCAGCGGCUGAGGCCCUUCCUGGUUCUCGUGGUUCCCGUGGCGCCACACAACCGGGCCCAUCGCGACAUCAUCCGCCAGACCUGGGGCAAGGAGAGCUCCAUCCUGGGGAAGACGGUCAGCUUGUUCUUCCUCCUGGGACUGGCCGAAGGAGGAGAAGGAGGUCCAGGGGACGGGCAGCAGCAGCAGCUGCUCCUGCUCCAGGAGAGCAGGGUCCAUGGUGACCUGCUGCAGAGCAACUUCCUGGACUGCUACAAGAACCUCACCAUCAAGACCAUGGUGAUGAUGGAGUGGCUGGACGCCCACUGCCCCGCCGCCUCCUACGCCAUGAAGAUCGACUCAGACAUGUUCCUCAACGUCCGCAACCUGGUGAACAUGCUGCUGGACGCGCCGCGGGGAAGCUACAUGACCGGCUUGGUGACAACUGGCGCAGAAGUCAGAAGAGAUCCUAGCUCCAAGUGGUACCUGCCGGUGGAUGUUUUACCAAUGAAAGUGUACCCACGAUACGCUCUGGGCUUGGGGUACAUUGUGUCUUUGGACCUUCCCGGGAAGCUCGUAGAGGCCUCCAGGCAUGUCAGACCGCUGUACAUUGAGGAUAUACAUCUGGGGUUCUGUAUGAAGUACCUGGGGAUAGAUCUGUCCGACCCGCCACAGGUGAACUACUUCAAUUUUGUUCCCGUGCUGUACAACCGCUGUGAUUAUUCUAGGCUGAUAGCCAUCACGUACGAACCUCAUGCGAACCGCAUACAGGUAUGGGAAGACUUUAACAGAGAGGACCCGUUCUGCCAAGAAGAGAAAGAGAUUCCCCUCCUUAAAGGUUGGGUAGGUGAUUCGCUUUUUUGGCCAUUUUUGCAAAAUUACUUGAAAUCCUUAUCAUAA